AUGAGAAACAGGGCCACGACUCCUUUAAGCCGGGCUAAAAUCCGGCAAUCAUGGAGCAAAUACAACCUCUAUAACCUCCAACGCUUCCGCAACCCCAGCACCAGCAACCGCACCUUCUUCCAACAGAAAUGGACCGCCAAAUCCGCCGCCCGCGCAUAUCACGGCGAACAAGUCCCCGAAACCCAAUGGGAGCGCAUGUUCUCCCGCCGUAUCCGCAGCGUCGUCCCUAUGGACGCUACACGGCUGGCCCAGGACGACGGGUCGAUUGCUUCCAGCGGUCGUGGCUCAGGAAUAAUGAGUCCGUGGGAGAUGGAGCGUGCAAAGAAGGAGAAACUUACGCCGUUUACGCAGAUGACAUUUGCGCCGUUGGAGAGGAGGUUGGAUACGGCUAUUUUCCGGGCGUUGUUUGCGAGUAGUACCCGGCAGGCGAGGCAGUUUGUGGUUCACGGCGCGGUUACGGUUAAUGGGAAGGAGAUGAGAUACCCCGGUUACCUCCUCAACCCCGGUGAUAUGUUCCAGGUCGAUCCCGAACGGGUCAUGUACGCUACCGGUGCACCCAAGAGCAAGGCGGAGCGUCGGGAAGGACGUAUUGCCAGGCAAAAGGCGGAGACACCCGAAGAAGGCGAGGAGGGUGCUGCGGAGGAACAAAAGGAAGGGAAAGAGGAGCAGAAGCCUGAAGCGGAGGAGGCUCAGCCGGAGGACACUCGGACGACAUUGAAGGGUCUGAUGGCCCAGGCCAAGACCAUAAUGUCUAAGGAGAAGUCGGAUCUGCCCGCUAAGAAGAAGCAGGAGCUGCGUGGGUUCCAAAAGGCGAUCAAACGAGUCCUCUCCCGCUCGGAGUCGAGCAGCAUCCUCAACGACAACCUCGAGUCUCAAUUCUCAGAGCUGAUGACGCUUCUGAAAGCCAAGCGUGUAGAGAAGAAGGCCGAUAGCAAGGGAAAGAACACCGAGUCCCAACCAGCAGCCGAAUCCUCCGAGCCCGUCGCAGAGACCGAAGCCCCCGACUCACGACCCGGCCAGGCACUGACCGAAGCCUUCCAAAAGGCCACCGAGAACCCAGCGGAAGAAAUCGACACCUCAGAAUUGACAGAAGAUGAGAUUGACACGCUCAGGCGGGCUUUGAUCCAGAUGCGCGACAACCCGAUCGACAGCACAAAACCGUACGCCACACCCUGGCGGCCGCGGGACUACAUGAGCGCCUUUGCGUUUAUCCCGCGAUACCUCGAAGUCAACCAGAACAUCUGCGCUGCCGUCUACCUGCGGCAUCCGGUUGCCCGUCCUGGGUUCUCGGAGGUGCCGUCGCCGUUCUCGGAGAGCAUUAACACGGCUGCUUUUGCUUGGUAUCUGAGACGGCGGUAG